AUGUCCAAACUUCCUAUUUCUGCCCUCCCAAUUCCCCCACCGUCGAGGUUGCUCAUCCACAACCUCACCCCAGACACUUGGACACCGAAUCCCACAGCGUUCAGAACAAAUGUACUGACGACCACCCCAAGUUUACAACGACGAGCACGACUGCUGUCUCCGCCUUGCCACUACUCUCAUGUCACGCCAUUCCCGGUGUCAUUCCCAUACGACAUUCAACCUCCAUCACCUAGUGACGACCCGGCAAACCAAGAUAAGAAUGCGUAUAUAGAACGAUGGUUGGCAAGUAGAGAAGCAGUGAACCCUCAACCACCCAUUCCCCGGUUCCCCAACUCUACGUUGGUGAAGUACUACGGGAAACACAGAGACCAGCCCACUGAAUUGCUAGGACUCUCAGAAACGGCACUCCGCGACUGUCUUCCGCACCUUGAUGUUGGAGAUGCAUUUGCCACACUUGGAGUACCGUCUCUGUCGGACGAGUUCAAUGACGAAGGAGAUGGCAAACCUUCCGAAAUAGCAGAGGCGGUCGAAGCUAGACAGGACCUAAUUGACGUGCUCAGUGGUCAUGCUACCCUCAUGACGCCUCCAGAGGUUAUUGAAGGAGCAUUCGCUCCUUGGUCUCUGCGCUACAGUGGGCACCAGUUUGGCUCAUGGGCAGGGCAACUGGGAGAUGGACGGGCUAUAUCCAUAUUGGUUACCCCGCACCCAUCACACCCAGACCUGUCUUAUGAGCUCCAGCUCAAGGGGUCCGGUCGAACUCCUUUCUCAAGGAGUGCAGAUGGCCUCGCCGUUGUCCGCUCAUCGAUUCGGGAAUAUCUUUGCUCUGAAGCAAUGUACGCCCUUGGCAUUCCGACGACCAGGGCUCUUUCGAUUGUCUCUCUACCCGCCCUGCCGGUGCAACGCGAGCGUGUGGAAAGUGCAUCCAUUGUCACUCGUCUAGCGCCUUCUUUCAUUCGCAUUGGCAACUUCGAAGCGUUCAAUGGACCCACAAACAUGUUCUUUUUUGGCGGCGGCCAGCAAAAGCCAGACUAUGAAGGGCUACGUAUGCUUGGCGAAUGGGUUGUCGGAAACGUCCUCAAUCUUUCUGUCGAGAAAGGAAAACCAUGGGGCGCCGAGCUUGUGUAUGAUGUGGCCAGACGGAAUGCGAAGAUGGUUGCUGGCUGGCAAGCGUAUGGGUUCAUGCACGGUGUAAUCAACACGGACAAUGUCUCAAUCCUUGGACUAACCAUCGACUACGGACCCUACGCAUUCAUGGAUGUUUUCGACCCGCUCCACAUUUGCAACCACACCGACGAAGGUGGUCGUUAUGCAUACAAGUACCAACCCAAUAUGAUUAUCUACGCCCUGAGGGCACUGCUCAAGGCUCUAGCACCGUUGAUUGGGGCUGAAAUUGAGACAGGAAAGGCUGUCUCUGCGGGUUGGGCUGAGGACGCAUCACCGGAGAAGAUAAAGGAGUGGACUGCCAAAGGUUUGGAGAUCAAAGAUGAAAUGGAGCGAAUCAUACAGCAGACGUGCUCAACGGAGUACGGUGACCUCCUUCGAAAGAGACUCGGAUUGCAUCGCCCUGAUCCUACCGAUGAAUCCAAGAUCUUCCGACCUCUGUUGGACAUCAUGGAGGGCUACGGUCUUGAUUUCCACUCCACAUUUCGCAUACUCUCCUCAUUCAAGGCGUCAACAUUGAUCAAUGCCAAGAAUAAGGGGACGCCAAACGCACAUUCGCUAGCCCCUGAAGUCGAAGCUUUCAUCAACCGUCUGUUGACAGUGACACCCGAGCCAGAGAAACUGAACGUGAAUGCCGCAAAGCAGCAGUGGAUCGAGUGGCUCGAGACGUACUCGCAGAGGAUCAAGGACGAGCAUGGCGAUUGGAAGGCGUCGGGAUGGCAGGAAGACUUGGAAGGAACAGAGAUUCAAAGGCAGCAGGAAAUGAGGGGUGUCAAUCCUCGAUUUGUUCUUCGCCAAUGGGUGCUGGAAGAGGUCAUCAAGCGAGUUGAGAGGGAUGUUGACAGUGGAAAGAGAGUUCUCGCCAAAGUUCUGCAUAUGGCUUGCAACCCCUUCGAACCCUGGGGAGGGGAAGACGCAGAUGAGCUGGAGGCACUCGACAAGGAGGAGAAAGAAGAAAAGCGGUUCUGUGGUUUAGGAGAGAAGAAAAUGCUUGGAUUCCAAUGCAGCUGUUCCAGUUAGAAUGCCCGCUGUAAUUCGGCGCCAUUUGUUUGAAAUUAUAUUGCAUCGUCCAG